AUGCAGCUUCAAGAUAUGAGGGUACAUGGUUGGGAUGAUUUAUUCUGUAGUGUGGUAUCAUUUUGUGAACUACAUGGUGUUGAUGUUCCUGAUAUGAGUGCUCGUUAUAUGACGGGCACACAUCGUUCUUGUCAACAAAAAGAUUUUAUUACAUUUGAGCAUUACUAUCGCGUUGAUGUAUUCAAUGAUGUUAUAGAUUGCAUGUUAAGGGAGUUAAAUGACAGAUUUCCAGAGCAAACAGUUGAACUUCUUAUUCUUAGCUCAGCAUUGGAUCCUCGCAAUUCAUUCAAGUCAUUUAAUAUUGAGCAUAUAUGUAAACUUGCUGAGAAAUUCUAUCCUGCUGAUUUCCUUCCAAAUGAGUUGAAAGAUUUGGAAAUAGAGUUGAGGUAUUUUCAAAAUGAUGUUGAUUCGGUUGGUGUUGACUCUUCCCGUUUCUACAGCAACAACGGAACAAGCUUUUUCAUGUAUGAGAAUUAUUAA